AUGGUCGGAAUAAUGAUGGCAGUAAUGUUAGCGGCAGUAAUGUCAUCACUAUCCUCAGUGUACAACAGUGCUAGUACAGUAUUUACUAUAGAUAUAUGGCAAAGAAUAAGACCAAGGGUAAAUAUACAAUUCAUUUGGUACACCAAGAAUAACCUCGCGCGAAUGCAGUGAAUUCACAACUUUGGAUAAUUCUCAUGCCUAGUUGUUGGCAUGUGUGUCUGUGUGUGUGUGUUUGUCUGUCAGAAUUACGAUAACUCAAAAAAAUAUAUUCACAAUUUUGGAUAAUUCUCAUGCCUAGUUGUUGGCAUGUGUGUCUGUGUGUGUGUGUGUUUGUCUGUCAGAAUCACGAUAACUCAAAAAAUAUCACACGUAUUAAUACGAAAACUUGUGGGAUUAAUGGACAUUGCCCAAGAACAAAUUGAUUAAAUUUUGGUUAAAUUUUGGAUCAAAAUUGGAUGAGAAAUUUAUAGCAAAAAUUUGUCUUGCUUUGCCUGGAAGAUUAAAGUGUAUAUGAUAUGAAAUUUCUUAUUUUCUUGAAUGAAAGAACUCUUUAAGCUGUCAUGUGACGUAUUUUUCAGUUUCUUGUUUUUAUGGUUUGUUCCAGAGAUAUUUCAAUUUGUUUGCUAUGUAAAUGAGUGUGAAUAUGUCCGCUAAUUUAUGACGUCAUGUUGAUUGCAAGCUCCUCAAAAUGUUUGAAUAUCACUGCCUGCCAGGGACGCCGGAACUGGGGGAGGGCAGGAGGGGCAGCCGCCCCCGUUGCCCUUUACCAGGAGGGGCAAGGGGGCAAAGAUGCCCUUUCAAUUUAAAGGAUUGCCUUGGCGGAAUAGCGAAUUGUCAGAAAUGUUAGUGCAAUUCUUUUACGAAUUUGCUUCAGAAAACGCAGAAUAGCACAAUCGCCUGGCGAAUAGUACAAUCGCCUCAAGAAUAGCACAAUCGCCUGGCGGAGAACCCCCUCACACCCCUAUCAUCCAAUAAAUAAAAAAUAUGAUUAGGCGAAGUUCAACUCCCGAUGUUUUGCAAACAUCUCUUAGUUUCUAUCAAUUCAAAAGUGCCAUUUCACGAUAAUGGAGAAAAACGUCAACUGAUAUCUACAGUUUUUAGAUUACAGAUUUAUAACCAGUGUAAGUUGAACUUGCAACCAACGUGACGUCGUAAAUUAGCGGACAUAUUCGCACUCAUUUACAUAUCAAACAAAUUGAAAUAUCUCGGGAACAAACCAUCUAAAAACAAGUAACUGAAAAAUAAGUUACACUACAACUUAAAGAGUUCUUCCAUUUAAGAAAAUAAGAAAUUUCAUCUCAUACACUUUUUUUAGGUGAAUUAUAAAGAUAAUUUGUAUAUGACUCACCGAGUUCAUUUUUAGGCAAAUGACCGAGAAAAACUUAUGGUUGGCCGAGCUAUUGUCGCUGUCCUUGUGGUCAUGGGUCUCGUCUGGAUGCCUUUGAUUGAAAGUGAGAAAAUGAAUUGUUUUAAAUCCCUUAUUCGCAAAUGUCCACUUGCAAAAAACCUUGAAAAUCAGCUUAAAUCACCAAGAAAUUUGCCUGAAAAAAGUCUGUACAAACAUUGGGGGGAGGGGGGAGAGGGGUUACAUUCUCCUUUACUCCCCCGGUAGCCACGGCCCUGAAUGCAUGCCAUGCAAAAAUCACAUAAAAAGACAUAUCGAAUCAAACGUCAUAUUCAGUAUCUAUUGUGCCCACCAACAACAUAGACAUAUCUGCUUAUAUUUUUCAAGGGGGAGGCAGUGGCAAGCUAUAUCGCUACAUUGCAAGCAUCCUGUUCCUAUUCGGCUCACCUAUCAUGGCCAUAUUCAUCGUGGGAUUGGUCUGGCCACGAGCCAAUGAGCCUGGUGCGCUGGGAGGCUUUCUGAUUGGCUUAUUAUUAGCAGCAGCGAGAUUUGCUACGGAAUAUAUCUAUGCCAGUCCUGCAUGUGGCGAGCCCGACACACGACCUGCGUUUGCUUCUAUACAAUAUAUGUACUUUGGUAAGUGUACGACAUAUACGAUUUGAGGUUUGCGCUUAACGGUCUGCCGUAAACCAUUGGCGAAGCUAGCCAUAGAAACUGGACGUGAUAUAAAAAAUUUUAAUGAUUUGAAUCAUCCAAACCUUUACAAAUGUUGUUUGUGAUGUUACUCUGAGUGUGCAUCCACACCGGGCAAGUUGAAAAGUUCGCCUGACCACGGUGGGAUUCGAACCCGCGCGACCUUUGGGGUACUAGUCCAAUGCUUUACCAACUGAGCUGCGAAGUCAAGUCGGUGAUAUUUCGGAACAGAGUCUAGUUCCUUCGAAAUCAAUGUAUUCUGAGAUACGAUGAUGUCUGUGUGUGUUGGUGUCGUAUAGCUACUCAGGUAGAUUCGAUUUCCACCGUGGUCAGGCUAACAUUUCAGCUUGCCCGGUGGCCGGUGUGGAUAUACACUCAGAGUAACAUCACAAACAUCAUAUUCACCUGAGUACAUAACACCAGCGCACACAGAAAUCAUCAUAUCUUAGAAUACAUUGAUAUCGAAGGAACUAUAUAGACUCUGUUUCGAAAUAUCACCAACUCGAACCGACUUGACCUCGUAGUUCAGUUGGUAGAGCAUUAGACUAGCAUCCCAUCAUUGGUCAUUGGUUCGAUCCCCACCGUGCUCAGGCAAACUUUUCAGCUUGCCCGGUCUAGAUACACACUCAGAGGAACAUCACAAACAUUGUAUUCGCCUGAGUACAUAACACCAACACACGUAGAAAUCAUGAUACUUUAGAAAUGUAUUGUAGAUGCAGGUUUAUUAGCAUGCAUAGCAUGACCAGUUGCCAUGGCAUGGUUAGCUUCGCCAAUCGUAAGGUAUCUAAUAACGGAGGCUUUAUUUUUCUUCUCUAGGAAUCAUUCUGUUUGUUGUGACUGUGGCAACCAUCAUCAUAUUAAGUCUCCUAACUAAACCGAUCCCAAGAGAAGAACUGGAUGGCUUGACAUGGGUCACGUUAAAGAAUAAGACUGCAUUGGAAACUGAAUAUCAGCAAGGAUUGAGUGAUCUUGUCUUCUCUUCUGACAAAGGUAAAAAACAUCAAAAUAUCUACUAGCAUAUUUUGCCUUUCUUUAUUUUGCUUCACACAGUAGUCUUCGUUCCAUUUUCCGCUAAUUUUUUCGUGAAUUCUCCACAUUUUAGAUAUCAUUCUUUUAAGAAUGAUAAAAAAAUUAAAUAAUAUAUAUAUAUAUAUAUAUAUUUGAAAAACAUAUAUUUGAAAAAAAAAUUAUCAUAUCUUAGAAUAAAAAGAAAAUAAGAAAAAAAUAUAUCUAAGAAAAAAUUAUAUUUGAGUGACAUUGAUUAAAAUUUUUAAUCAAUGAUAUGUCACUCAAAUAUAUUUUUUUCUUCCUAUCUGAAUGACCAAAUCCAUAUUUUUCUUACUAGGAUUCAAUAUUUUGCAGACUACCUGAUGACUAUGGGAAUGUUACACCAACCAUACACCCUUUUAGCACCGUGCCUGAAUUUCGGUGCAAAAUUUGAUGCUUACAUAUGCAUUGAGCUAUCUUUUUAUUAAGUUUACCCAUGCAAAAAGGAUUAAUUCUAGGUUACCCAGAAAAUUUUAAUCGGAGUGUUAAUUUUUAGAGGCUUCAUAUGAACUGGUGACAUUCUGUUAUGGUGAAAUUUGUUUUUCAGAUGUUGAGUUGAAGAAGCUUAAGUACAAAGAAUCAACGGAAUAUACAUUGGAUGCAGAUUUUACCGAGACAUCAACUGCAGCUCGCGAUGUAUUAUUUGAAAGUCGUAAAGAGAAGCUAUUACUGAAUAUAUCUUCAGUGAUUUUGCUGUUGGUUCUGCUUUUCUUAUGGGUAUGGUACAGGUGAACAUCUGUGCUUCUUAUAUGCAUUGACAGUGGCGUACCAAACGAUACCAUUUUCGCAUCCUAGGGCUGGCCUAUUAAUAUUGAUGUUUGCCUGACACUAUGUUAUAGUUAUUCAUCAGGACAUAUAAUACGUCUGCAGUCAUUUUAUAGGUUAUUAAGGAUAACAAAUCAGGCAUGCAAUGGACGAUUUGCAUUAUAGACUAAAUUUUGACCUAGACAAAAAUUCCAUCACAGCUUGAAUGAGCAUCACAAAAUUAGUAAUAUUCCAAAGUUUCGUUGCGAAAUGUUGUAAAAUGCGGAUAAUAUAGCCUUGCGAAGUUUGUAAUUUUCAGUCAUUUUGUAUUACAAACGGGAAAUUGAUGCCCCGACACCCGACUGGGCUGUCAAUUUCCAGUGCGUAAUACAAAAUGACUGAAAAACGGCAAACUUCGCAAGGCUAUAUUAUCCGCAUUUUACAACAAUUCGCAACGAAACUUUGGAAUAUUACUAUAAUUUUGUGAUGCUAUUUCAUGCUAUGAUGGAAUUUUUGUCUAGAUCAAAAUUUAGUCUAUAAUGCAAAUGGUCCAUUGUGGCAAGUAUUUAACAAUUAUUCGCCAAAGGCGAGCUGAUUAUUGGUGAAUAAAAACCGAGACGAAGCGAGGUUUUUAUUCACGAUAAUCACCGAGCCUAAGGUGAAUAAUUGUUUUAGUAUAAUUUCAUAGGUAUAAGUAUUUGGAAAAAAAUAAAAAAUACAUGAUUAUCGCAUUAUAAUCACAUCAACGGCAACCAAUCCGCGUGGAGAACAGUUUUCAAUAAUCACCUAUGUAAUUAUACUAAUAUAAGGCUUUUUAAUUUAAUAUCUGAUGAGUGCCACAUCUUGUGAUAGGAAACUAAUUAAACUAAUACAAUUGCCUAUAGUUCAGGGCCGUGCCACCUGGGGGUGUAUAACCCCCCUCCCCUCCAACCAAAAACCACUUGGCACGGCCGUGCUAUAGUUGAAUUUGUUUAGUUGUUGUACUUCAAUUUAUACUUUAAAUUCCAAAUAUGAGACUUCAAAAAUAUUUGCUGUCAUUGGGAAUUUCCCGUCUCUCCCACUUAUGAUUUUAAAACAUGAAGAAAAUAAUUUAUAACACGCGUUGUAGUCGAAAAAAUCAGUGUAUCAAUAAUAUAAAACUAACUUUCACAAGGAAAUUAAGGAACCAACAAGACAAAAAGGGAAUUCUCAGUUUUAAUAGAGGAGAACGUGACCAUUUUGUGGUUAAAUUGACGAGCGAAGACCAUGCAACGGCGGUCAAGUAGAUUUUAUGCUGAGGUAAUGAGAAUUUGUAAAUUAAUUGAUAUAAAAACUUUUCUUGAGUUUUCAAUUACCAAAGAAGUUGAAGAACAAUUUUCCUGUGUUCCUAUACACACUUGGAGAAAUACUGCUGGGGUAAUAGUUGGAAGAAUUCAAAAUAACAUUCAUGGGAACGAUUGUUUUCGUUCUCCCAAACUCCCACGCAUGUUUCUAUGUCCCCGAGGAAAGUGAAUACGAGCGCGAAAGGCUUGCUGGGAAUCGCUAAAAAUUCAUUAAUUUUUUCAACCCCCCUCACCCCCACCCCACCCAGUAAAUAAAACUUGUCAUAUGAAAACUUGUCAUAUAAAAUUUGUUGCAUAUACACACGUGCACUUGGCAAAUAAAACUUGUCAUAGAAAACUUGCUCGUCUGCAACCGGCUUUACAAAGUAAAUAGAGACUUUACGAUUUUAAUUUAAUUUUAAUUUAAUUUAAUUUAAUUUAACAAAUUUUAUUUGGAUCGAUAUUCACAAUUUUUAACAAACAAAAGAAUAUAACAGAACAAAUAUUACAUUAAGUUAAAAUAACCUAGAUAUCAAAUGUAGAUCCAAAAAGGUAAGGUACGAACGGGACUCUUAUAAAAGGUCCCAUGCAGGGCCCCCACCUCCAAAAUAGUAAUCAUGAUAACAAAUAGAACAUCGCGAACUCAAACUCGCUAAAGGAUUCAGGCAAGCAAAAAAUUAAAUGGAAUAGUUAAACUCGAAAUUCAAAAUAGUCACCGCUUUGGAGAGUUUGAGUAAACGUGGCUCUAUUUCCUGAAACUGGGCGUGUCAAGUAAACUAAGAGACAGAUUGAACAUGCAUAUUGAACAUGAAGGCCAGCUUCCACACAGGAAGAUCCUCCGCUGAACAGAAACGGCGGGAGAGCUUUCAUUGUGUUAAAUUCACGACGUCCACGUCAUUCAUGUUGAUUAAAUUCAUUUAGUUCGAAACCAGAGGUUCCAAACGAAAUCUCGCAAAACAAACUGAAGACUUUCCCGUCCACCCCGAUCCUGAAGACCCUCCCGAAUGGAGACUAGCCUUUACAUGAUAGACAGAAACAUAUUACAGACAGAGACAGACAAAUAUACAAACACGACAAACUGACUUAACUAUUUCCUGUGGCAAGGACAGUCCCGUACCAGUGACCACGUACAAGAUAACUCAACAUCAUAGGCUGACUUAACAAGUUCGGUAUAUUUACGUUUAAGAUAGUUUUUAAAGGAGAUCGGACUGGAGAAUGUAUCUGGAUGAACGUCUUUACAUAUACAGUUCCAUGGUUUAACUAUCCGGUUGAAGUAUGACGAUUGAAAGGUCGUUGUUCUACACAAGGGUGUUUGAAGCACAACACUAGUAGCUUGACUGGGUCUAGUGCGACUAUGUUCAAUGAAUGAAACAUAACUGUCCAUUUUAAGGUCGAUGUGGCCAUACAGCAUCUUGUAGAAGAACACGAGAUCUUUGAUUUCUCUGUCGUAUGUGAGAGGCAAUAGUUUCAAUGUCAUUAAUCGUUGUUCGUAAGGUAUUUCACCAGUCUUUAUUCUUAAUAUCCAUUUUGUCGCUCUCCUUUGAACUCUUUCAAUUCUUCUGUUGAGUUGACUGUGGUGAUUUGAAGACCAAACUUGUGUUGCAUAGGAGAGUUGUGAUUUAACUAGUGUCAGGUACAAAGAACGUCUGGACGGCAACGCGACGGCAACGACUACCAAUACAAUAGAUCAUUGAAAAAAAUUGAGUAAUUACAACAAAUGAAUAUUUUAGACAUUGUCCUCGCUAUUACGGUAUUUGGAAGCUUUUGAAGUUUCAGUUGCAACUCUAGUUUACAAUUUUCCCAUACUAGAGAGCAAUAGUCAAAAUAUGGUGCACAAGAGCAUUAUCAAUCUGAUUUAGGCAAUCCUUUGGAACAAAGGCUUGGUCAAUUUUAUCGCUCCUAUUCCGCUUGAAACUUUUUUGCUGAUGCUGUCAAUGUGGUCCUCCCGUUUCAACUUAUCGUCAAUGACCACGCCAAGACUUUUUGAGUUUUAACUCUAUUAAUAGUUCGCCGCCAAUUUUAAUUGUCGGAUGUACAUUAAUCUUACUUAGAUUAUUUCGAGAGCCAAUAAUCAUAUAUUCUGUUUUAGAAACGUUAAGUGUUAAUUUGUUUGCCACUAACCAUUGAUAGAUAUUACUAAGACUCGGUGUUCAAUUUUUCCUCCAAUUCAUCUACGGAUUCAGCAGAUGCGGAGAUAUUAGUAUCAUUAUCAAUCAGAUAUUAGUAUCAUUAUCAAACAUCGAAGGUUUUGCCUGAUCAAGACAAUUUGGCAGGUCAUUGACAUAUAAUAAGAAUGGGAGGGCUCCUAAAUUUGACCCCUGCAUGGGAACACCACAUUUAAUUAAUUUUCUGGAUGAUUUAACGUUAUUUAUUUUACAUAUUUGAUAUCUUUUUUCUAAGUAUGAUAUAAAUCAAUUCAAGGCACCCCCUGUAAUUUCAUUCUGAUUUAGCUUUUCAAUUAGGAUUAUAGAUCAACAUUGUCAAAUGCUUUCCGUAGGCCUACGAACACUUGAUAUAACAAAGUGAUAUAACAAAGCCAGGAAAACUUAAUUUGCCAGUGGAAUGUUCGCUAUGAACGCGUAUUAAAGUUAAAACUACAAUUGUCUCGAACAUUUUUUAUGUAAAUUAUUUAAAUAAGUAAUAGCAUGGUUUCUCGUGAAAUUUGGAUAAACAUGCACUCGUGAGUUUUUCAAAGACCUCAAAUACCACUCGUCCUUCGGACUCGUGCUAUAUUUUGUGGUCUUUGAAAAACUCACUCGUGAAUGUUAUAAUCUUAUAUCCAAAUUGCACUCGAACCCAUGCUAUUAACUGUACAUAUAAAGGCAAAAACCCCAAUCAAACUAGGAUGAGAGUUAAUAUAUGCACUGCAGGACACAUGUUUUAAGAAGAAAAAAAUAAAGGUGUUAUGAGUGUUCCAACUGCGUUUUAACUUUAAAAUUCGUGAAUCGUAAUAGAGUUGUGAAAGCAGUGAACUGUCAACUGUCAUACACUCUCAUUCUCGUUUGAUCUGUGCUUGUAUAACAUGGUAUCAAACUUGAACUGUAUUCAUUCAAUUACAUGCAGAGUUCUAUUACUGUAUUGAAUAGUGGUCACCUAUAUACUGUUGCCGAGGUAUACUGAAUAAACACAUUUUCCACGUUCAUGAAACCCAUGCACCUCGGGAGAGCAAGACAGAAUAUAUACACUAACAGGUAAGGAUUUGCUACGAAAGUCAUGUUUAACAUUGAUAUAUACAUAUCUAGAUUGAAAUGUGUAUCAAUCUUGCAACUUGCUCUCUAAAAAGGCCCGGUUUAGACGGCAAACUUUUCAUGCGCCGAAUCUAAUUGCCGUAUAGAUACGGCAAAAUAUUGGAAGCUGAUUUAGACGUCGAACUUAAUAGUGCCGUACCAAAUUGCGAGGACACUAUAUUGGACAUAUUUACAAUGCUAAUAUAUGAUAAUCAUAUUUUAUUAUAUAAACAUAAGUGUUAUAUAGAGUUUUUGGCCACUGAGAAAAAUCGUAUUUAAACACACGUAAAAAAUACGAUAUUUUUACGUGUGAAAAUAUCAUUUGUUGUGAAACGCAUUGCCACGGACGUUUUAUUGUUUUUCACUGAAUUUUGUUUAUAUAAUAAACAGAAAAAUACAUGGGUGCUUGGAAAUACUAGAUUUAUUUCUCGUGUUGAUGUUCAACACUCGAAAUAAAUCUGGUAUUUCUGCGCUCCCAUGUAUUAUUCUCUAUAUAAUGUUAAAAAAUAAGGAGCGAUUGCAGACCCGUCCACUUUUAAAGACACGCUAGAAAUAUUGGUGGCUACGUGGCUACAUAUAUAGUGAGUUAUAAAUUAGAACGCCGAGUCUUUGCCUUUGGUAUAAUAAUUGCGUGAUCAUUAUAAGGUAGCUAUAUUUUUCACUGUUUAUAUGCAGUGAGUCUUUAAAAGAACAAGACAUUGAUAUAUAUAAUUACAUAUAGGAAGGUAAGGAAGGUAUAUUUUUGUAAUCGUAAGGAAGGUAAGGAAGGUGUACUUUUUAGUGGCUACACGGCUACACAGUGAGUUUUUGAAAGAACGAAACAUUGAUAUAAUGACGUAAUCGUAAGGAAGGUAUAUUUUUUAGUGGCUACACGGCUACACAGUGAGUUUUUGAAAGAACGAGACAUUGAUAUAAUGACGUAAUAGUAUAAGGAAGGUAAGGAAGGUAUAUUAUACCUUCCCUUACCUUCCUUACCAUUACGUAAUUAUAUCAAUACGUAAUCGUAAGGAAGGUAAGGAAGGUAUAUUUUUAGUGGCUACACGGCUACGCAGUGAGUUUUUAAAAGAACGAGACAUUGAUAUAAUUACGUAUUUCCUUGAUAUUAGACAGAUUUAGAUCGAGGACGCGAACGUCAAAGACGACGUGAAAAUGGCGUGUUGUGCACGGAUAUGCCACACGUUGUGUAUGGAUAUGCUACACGUCAUUUUCACGUCAUCUUUGACGUUCUCGAUCUAAAUCUGUCUAUUGUAAUUUGAUAGCGCGUGACUGCGUAGCCGUAGCCACUGAAAAUAUGGCUACGCAGUGAAAGAUGACUAGUGAACGGGGAUUCUGCAAUUUAGCUCCAUAGGACCAUAAUUCUUGUCCGUUGAACCAAGAUCCAAGCACGCGAUGGACCGAUUUCCGUAACUGCUCAACACGCUAUAUACUGACUAUUAUCGCCACAGAUCAGUAAAUGUGCCCCAUUGACCAUAUGAUUCGCUAAGAGUUAUGAAUUAUGGUCGUGUCAUAUCCACGUAAUUGCGCCUACGUCGUUUGGUCACGAUACUCAAGCUUGGUUGUUUCGUACUCUCGAAAGCAUCGAAUUUUCGUUUUCCAAGUUUUAUAUACUGUUGCUAAUAGUUUAUGGAAAAACAUUCGACAAAAGGUUCUGCCCUAAUUGAUAUUCAUAUAGACAAACAUUACACAAAUAUAAACGUUUAUUCAUAUGAAAAGUGCGCGAUUGUAAUGAUUAAUGACUAACAGUAACAAUGGGUUUGAAUAUCAGGUAUGCUAAUUUAUAAGUGUCAGAGCCUGAGCGUCUGAUGAGUCAUCGACUUCGCCUUUUCAGCCAAUUUAUGUUUCACUAAGUCUCAGCCAAAUAUGUUUUUAAUAAACGAAAAUCAGUUUAAAGGUUAUAGUUGAGUACGAAAUGACCUUACACGCACGUUGAAACACAAAAUAAUAAUGACUUAUGUGUAAUUAAAAAGUUUUCCUGAAUAAAAAUCUCUAUACUUCUACUGUUACUCUACCAAAAGAAAUGUUCAUUGACAAACAGUAUUGCAAUAUGUGGCGUAUACUGCUGCAUAUGUGCUAAAUAAAAACGGCAACAAUAUUUUUAUUUGAUGUUGCAGCAUGUUUGGGGUUUUUUUUCAAAUCUUGUCUGACUCUGUUUUCCAAUGCCGUUGCUACGGGCUGCGUUAAUGACUGUUUCGGAAUUUCCGCCGACAUGCAUGACACGCUUCACGCAAGCAUAUAACGCUUUUCAAAACAGAAAAAUAACGAGAAAAAAGAGUCAUUGGUAUUUCACUCGUAAAUAGCAAAUUCUAUCCUCUUGCUAUACAUCACAGUGAUAUAUGCUACAAACUCUAUCUACGUUCAGUGAACAGUAGCGUAGCCAGCCCGACGAUUUAGUCGCUAUUAUCAUAUAAAAUUAUUAUCAUUAUUUAUUUCUUUAGAAAUUGAUUGUUUUUACAGUCAGUGAACACGAAAAUACUUGCAUAGCGGGACUAAAUUAUCAGGCUGUCUACGCUACUGUCAGUGAAUCAGUAUCAGUAAUAUUCUUAAAGUUUUUCAGUAAUUAAUAUUGGCGGAACGAAAUCCGAAACGAAUGCUAGUGAUCUACAAGGAAGAUAGCUCGUAGGUGUACUAGUAUUUUGAAUACCGGUAUAAAAGUGAAACGAAUUUUAAGCGGAGAAGCAAAACUCGCUGAAGGAUCUACAGUUGAAGUCGAAUUCGAUGGUUUGGACUAUGAAGCACUAGUUGCGAAGCUCCAUGGUAAGUGGGGUUGUUAACGUUGUAGGAGCCGCUGAUCUCGAAACUUUUAUUCCUUCCCUUCCAGUUAUUUUGUUAUUUUGGUUACGCUUUCUCCUGAGGAAUACAGGUUAUAUAAUAACUGUCUUUCUCGAGCAUACGCGGAAAAUUUCGGCAUUUUAAAACAAAAAUUUGUCCCGAAAUUUGCAAGCGACCGACAACUUCGAAAAAUCAAAAUUGAAAGACGCUUAGAUGCGAAAAUUCGGAAACAUUAAUUUUCGAUUACGGGACAAACAAAUUGCGGUUAUGUCUCGGCAAAGGUCGACGCGGUUUUUGUUUUGGUCAAUUGCACUCCCAACCUCGUACCCAGGACUAGUCGCGAAUUGAAGGCGGCGACAUAGUGGUAAACGCUGGUCACGUGACUCCAAAAUUACGUAAUUGUUACUUUUCUCAACCGGGGGGUGAAUAGGUGAAACUCGAAGACAAACAGUUUUUAUCUCCGAAAUUCUUCAAUCUUCCUUCUGAAUUUUGCACUUCAAGCUUUUCUCAAAGUACGGCGAUCGAUCAAAUGGAUCAAUACUUUCUGUAUGAGAGUUUAAUUAUUAAAAGACAUGGAUAUGUCGCCAAAGACGCUCGAUCAUUGCACAGGUUUAUGGAAUAGUACUUUGUUCAGUUUGUUGCGACUUAUGCAAAUUCAACUCUUGUAUAAUGACUAAAAGUUGGUUUGUAGAGGGACAACUUAUACAAAAGAUAUGAAUACAUUAGCUUCAAACUAGGGACAAGUUCAUGGACAAUGGACAUCCCUAAUAUAUGGACAUUGAUAUUUCACCAAUAUGUAAAUAUGACUAUUAAAUAUAUAAAAGGAUUGCUGUUGUAUUACUUGUAUAUGUAUAUGUACAAGUGUUGUGCUGUGGUAUCUAUGGACUAGAAUUUCUGAGGGGGUUGAAAAAGCCGUUUCUGAGGGGUUGUGUGCAUCGGCAUCCUUUGAUCUUUGCAUUUUUUCUGAGGGAUAAGGCAAAAAUUUCUUAAUUUCUGGGGGGGUGUUGGUGUCGGCACUUUGAUCUUUUUUUCUUAGGGGUUCAAAUUUUAUUGAACUCGUCCAUAGGGGGUGUAUACAUUAAUUAAUGGAAUGGCCCAAUGCACCCAGAUGCACCCUACUUUGUUAGUUUACUCUGUCUAACGCCAGACAAUUUUACUCGUCAGGUGGAGGGUGCAUGGCCCCACUCAAUGGGUUAACAUAGUCGAUGAACAUGCCAAAUGAUCCUUGACCGUGGUAGUACAUUUUUGCACUUGCUGGAUGAUAUUGCAACGAAGCAUUGUUUCAGAGGAAGAGCACUGAGAUCAUGCUGUGUAGCAAUUGGAAUCUCACAUAGAGCCUGCUCUCACAUAAAGCAGGCAAGACCUUCACUGAGAAGCCAGUCCUGAUUAAUAUUAAUUCCCCACAUAAACACUUGGAAACCAGACUGUCCCAUCUGCCAUAUGCAGGACAAAAAAACAUGCAGCCUGGACUUUAACUGUUAAACAACCAAAUCAGCAUGAUAAACAGUGUGAUGAUUUUUGUUUAGCCCAAACCAAAGCCAGGUUUCUAGAAUUAAUUUGCAGAAUCCUAAGAAUUGGACCUCCAACUUGAAGAGCUAGCUGUGCUAACCAAGUUGCAUGCGCAACCCUGAAUUGACGUGACUAGAGCAAACCUUCAAAAAAUAAUAGAGAGAUCAGAUUUGACUUCCACUGCUGUUAUUGCUACCAUUAACUAGAUAAGUUUCGUUUAUCCAAUCAAACAAUUGGAUGCAACUGCCAGAUCAAGUAGUGGUAGUGGAAGUCAAAUUUGAACCUUUCUAUAUGGAUUUCAGAGAGACCAGUCAUUAUUUGCUGAUAUAUUAUAACUAGUUUAAUCAAAAGCUACUAUAUAUUAAUUUAUGAUAUUAAAAAUUGAUAUAAUUUUAUCUAUAAAGUGAGAAUAAUUUAAAAAAAAUAUUCAUAACAUAAAAUGAUUCAUGCAUGCUGGUGAUUGAAUAAACCAUGAAGUGUGCAUUCUGAAUCUCUACAAAUUCCUUGACAUUAUUUUUCCAGUACAGUGUAAAACUAUAUAUAUAAAUGUGACACAGGUUGCAGGUAUUAGGUUGCAUGUCCACCAGUGUGCUGAAAUACCAUCCAGUGACUCGGUCUUGUUCAUUGUUACUUGCAUCUUGCUUAAUUCAACUGUUUUUGCCCCAUUUCUUGUACCCAUAAAGUUCUUUUCAAUAAUCUAGAAAACUUCAAAAUCAUUCAGUAAAUUUAAUUUUAAAAUUGGGUGAAAGGUAAGGGGUCAAUAAUAGAUGAAGAAAUCAUUUCUUAUUGUUCAUACAUAUGGCCCCAUCCCUGUAGGGUAUUAGAGUAGAAAUUUAUUGAAGCCUGAAGUCAGAAAAUAAAUAUGGCAACAAGGUUACAUGCCAUACUGCAGAGUUAGGCAAUUUUUUUAAAGAUCUCAAGGGCACAAAAGGUAUAAAUAUAGAUUGUAGGGGCAAGGGAACAAAAUAAUGAAAUUUUGAGAUUCAGGGGCAGGUUUUACAAUGGGGUGCUAAAACUUUUCCCUAAAAAUCCCUGACCAGCUGGAGUGCUGAAACUGAUGUUUGACUAUUGAAAUAUCCUAGCAGGUUAGGUUCAUCAGAUUUUAGCUUUGUCAACCUGGCCACUCUGUUAUUACAGUAUUAAAUGGCUCAUUUAAAUAAUUUCAGGUCAUUACUGUAAAUGUAAAUACAAAGUAUUUGAAGUUAAUACUGCUGUAAAAUGUAGUUUAAUAAUAUUGUAUUAAAGUGUAAACACGUUUCUCAAGUCUGGCCAUGUGUUUCUCAAUAUUCACAAUAUUUAACUACAAUUGUACAAAUUCAGCUAACUAUAUUAUUAACAUACUGUAUAAAAUAUAUUACAGUAAAUAGCCUUCGAAAUAUAUAUUUCAUAGAGCUAGACAGUGUAACAAAUAAUGGGAAUCUGCUAAAUAAUUUGUAACAAUGAAAUACUUCUAAACAUUUUCAAAUUCAUAUAUACUGUACCUUUUUAUACUUGAUGGAAAUCAUCACAAAUAGUAUGUACGAGAUUGGCUCCACUUUCACUGCUUCGAAAUUCGAAACAUCGCCUCCUCGGCGAUUUACAUGAUGCGAUAUAAAAGAAGAUUGAUGUACAUUCGACGUAAUAUAUAAACGUAACAUAUUAAGAAGAAAGAUUACAACAAAAAAUAAAAGAAUAUAAAUAAUCCGCGGCAAUUCAAGAUCCAUUCGUGAACUUUUCGUCGCCCCCCUGUCUUCAUUUCCACAAAGCCCGCUCGCAGGCUAAUACUCCAAGAAUCUUGGAGUAUUUGCCUGACACGUGACCAGCGUUUACCAGGGCUAUGUCGCCCGCCUUCAAUUCGCGACUAGUCCUGGGUACGAGGUUGCCCCCCCCCCCUCCCCCGGGCAAUACCCCCGAGAUUUGUAUUUUUUUUGCAAGAAUAUAGUAAAUUCUCCACCCCCGGGACUUUAAAACUUGACAAUUCCCCACCCCGGGGCAUCGCUAAAAAACUAAAAACAAGAAAUAUCACUAAGCAGUUUAUAACACACAUUUUUAAUAUCCUUCGUAUAAACAUAUGUAAAAUUUGAAAAGUGUGUUUAUAUAUACUGAUUAAAUACUUGGUAUUAUAAACUAUAGUCACUAUAACACGAUUAUAUAAACAACUGCCAAACAUGAGGUAGUCGCCAUUUUGAAAACUUUUGGACGUGCGCUCACUGAACUAUAUACAUGUCACUGGAUGCGCUAGCCGCUAGAUAUGCGGUCAAAACAUGGUCCUGGAUACGAGUUUUGCUUUUUACCCCGGGGAAACCCCCGGGACAAAAUUUUCUAACAAUUCCCUCCCCCCCCCAUUCCCGCCGUUAACAAUCCCCCCCCCCAAUUACCCCCAUUUUCUAACAAUUCCCCCCCCCCCGCCCGACGGGAGGGGGAAUGGUAACAACAAGAAUUGAUCCAUGCAUAAUGACUGUGCGUUACCAAAGAUCCGGAUAAAGAGCUGUAAUUAAGUUUAUAUAUGUCGAUCUUUAACAAAUUCGAAUUUGACAAUAAUUUUAAAUGCUAACUUCUUUGGCUUUGCCUUUGAUUGAAAGAUUUGCAGUUGAAAGAAAUGGCAAUAGACAAUAUCUUUGCUUGUGGAAACACCAUCUAUACAAUAUUAUUGUUGUAUAUUAAGUUUAGGGUGAUUUCGCCACAUGUAUAUACUGUAGAUUUCUGGUAAUUGCAUUAGCAACAACUGUCUGAAAUGCCUAUUUGAAAAUGUACUUUUUACUUGAAUCGCAUUUCAUUAAGCCUUGUGUAAUAAUGACCUAAAAUGCCUGUCAAUUACUUGCAGAAGUGCAAGUUACAAUUUUAAAGUUAGAAAUAUGUUUUUAAAGUGAAAACAAUGUUAAAAUUAUGCAUGUUCAUGAACUGAUUUUAGGCGAUUUUGUGUGAUUUUAAGCGACUUAAGGCGAUAUUAGGCGACUUUAGGUCCCAGAGUAGGCCUACGUGUCAAUCUAUAUUUUCCAUGGGAACAGGCUAGGCAUAUUGUAGACAUAAGAAUGUUAUUAUAAUUACUGCAUUCCCUAAUAUUAUAACAUUAAAUCGUUUUCGUUUUCGUCGUUUACCCUUUGGAAUAUCAUCAGCAUCUGAAGUCUUUCAAAGGACGACGAAUCAACUGUUUGGAGACAUAGAGGGAUGCGAGAUCAUUGUGGAUGAUAUCCUGAUCUGGAGUAGAGAUGAAGUUGAACAUGACGAACGCCUACUAAAAGUGCUAGAAAGAGCGAGAAAUAUAGGUCUGCGCCUUAAAGAAGAGAAAUGCAAGUUCAAAGUACCAAAGCUUAAAUACAUUGGCCAUACCCUAACUGCCGAUGGAUUGAAGCCAGAUCCUGAAAAAAUCGAAGCAGUUAAGAAGAUGCCAGCACCUCAGAGCAAGAAAGAACUUCGUCAGUUCCUCGGAAUGGUUAACUAUUUGGCUAAAUUUAUUCCUGACCUAGCGCAGAAUACAAGUGUCAUAAGAGAUCUACUUAAAGAGAGAAACGAAUGGACAUGGCAACCUGAACACCAGAAAUGUUUUGAUGUCCUGAAGACAGCAUGGUCAAGUCAACCAACACUAGUCUGCUAUGACAUCAACAAACUCGUAAAGAUAUCAUGCGAUAGCAGCCAUUAUGGACUUGGUGCCGUGUGUUUGCAAGAUGAAAAGCCAGUGGCGUACGCCUCACGCACUCUCAACGACACCGAAAAACGACAUGUACAAAUAGAAAAAGAGUUGUUGGCAAUAGUGUACGCCUGUGAGCGUUUUCACCAGUACGUUUACGGACGAACAGUACAGAUCGAAAGUGACCACAAACCACUGGAGUCAAUAUUCCAGAAACCGCUUUACCAAAGCCCACUUCGGUUACAGCGCAUGCUUCUUAAGCUCCAAAGAUACGAUCUGAAAGUGACUUACAGGAAAGGAACUCAGCUCCACAUCGGAGAUACCCUCAGUCGGGCGUGUCUCAACAACACAGAUCAAGAAACUAAAUUUGAAGACCUAACGGUUCAUACAACCAUCCCAUUCUCCGCAGAGAUGAGUGAACAACUCAAGGCGGCAACACUCGCUGAUCCAACACUAACAGCACUACGCAAAAUAUUCCUGGAAGGUUGGCCAAAAGAAAAAAGAGCAGUAGAUCCAAGCAUAAAGCAUUACUGGGACUUCUCUGAAACACUUUCUAUCUACGACGACAUAAUAUUCAAAGGAGAGAAAGUUGUAAUCCCUGCGUCGAUGAUUAACACGAUUCUCAAUUCGGUACCCUCAGGACAUCGCGGUGCAGAGACAUGUAAAGGACGCGCACGAGAAGCAGUUUAUUGGCCAAACAUGACGAAAGACAUACAAGAUCAUGUGGAGAAAUGCAAGCCAUGCAAUGAAGCAAAGCCCCAACAACAAAAAGAACCACUUCUCUUACAAAGUCCACCGACACGACCAUGGCAGCAUAUUGCUACAGACCUUUUCGAAUUAGACAAGCAAAUAUACUUACUCACAGCUGAUGCAUACUCCGGCUGGUUCGAAAUAGAUCACCUCCAAGACAUCAAAGCCACGACAAUCAUUAAGAAGAUCAAGAUGCACAUCAGCCGUUAUGGAAUCCCAGACAAGUUAAUGAGUGAUAACGGUCCACAAUAUGAUAACCACCACUUCCAGAAAUUCAUUGCUGAAUAUGGAAUUGGGCAUAAAACAAGUUCCCCAAGAUAUCCCCAAAGCAACGGGUAUGCAGAAAGAGCGCUUCAAACAGCAAAGAAAAUUCUCAACACAGGAAAGAAAAGCAAUGAAGAUCCUUACCUUGCAUUGCUUGGUCAUCGCAAUACACCACGUGAUAACAUUUUAGGCAGUCCCGCCCAACGACUGAUGGCCAGACAAACGAAAACGUUACUCCCAAUAAGUGAUACAUUGCUCAAACCAUCUGUCAUCGAGCCCAGUGAAGUUACGAAACGCUUAUCACAUUAUCGACAGCAAAGCAAAAAGUACUAUGACCGCAGAGCUAAACCUCUUCCAAAUUUGCAAAAGGGAGAUGUGGUGCGGGUCACAGACAUCAAAGGGAAAUACAUGAUAAAAGUAACUGUUCUAAGCGAGAGAAGUUAUCCAAGGUCCUACAUGGUAAAUAUAAAUGGACGAAACUAUCGAACAAUUGUCGCCAUCUUCUGAAAGUGAAAGAAGAACCAGAUAGUGAGCAUGAAUACGACACAAUCGUAGAACCGAUCAAUCAGCAAGAAACCAUCGUAGAACAAACCAAUUGGCAGGAUACAAUCGUGGAACCAAGUCAAGUUACAGAUCACCAAGAUGACCACGAGAGAAAACAUGGUUUACCAAGAUCUGGUUUUGGAAGAGUUAUCAAACCACCUGAUC